AUGACAGUGAAGGUGAAAUGGCACAAGGUUGUUUGGUUUCCUAUGCACAUUCCCAAGCACUCUUUCAUUGCUUGGAUGGCUAUCCUUAACAGAUUACCUACGGCUGACAGACUUAUCCAAAUGGGGAUUGGGGUGGACGAUAAGUGCAGGCUAUGUAGUGUUGAGGCUGAGACCCGCAACCAUAUAUUCUUUGAAUGCUCAUACUCGAAAGCUGCUUGGGGGAUCAUCACUCGACUGUGUAAUGUUGACAGAACAGUGGGAAGCUGGGAUGAGGAAUUAAGCUGGGCGAUCUCUAGAUUUAAGGGCAAAACUUUUCUUGUUUUUAUACUUAGAAUAGCCUGGUGUGCAUAUGUAUAUUGUAUAUGGGAAGAAAGAAAUCAUAGGCAAUUUAGGGGUAACAGCAGAGACGUUGAUAACAUUGUGAAUUGUAUUAAAGAGAUUGUUAGGAUGAAAUCUGUUCGUAUAGCCAUAAAGAGUAGCGUAGUUAACAGGGAUAUUUGCCUAGCUUGGGGAAUUAGCUCCUCCUAG